AUGGAUGUGGUGACAAGAAUGGUGUCGGAGAGGCCGGUGGUGAUAUUUAGCAGGAGUUCAUGUUCAAUGUCUCACACAAUAAAGUCUCUCAUUUUCGAAUUUGGAGUAAACCCGACGGUUUAUGAGCUAGAUGAGAUCUCCAGAGGUCGGGAAAUUGAGCAAGCACUUUUGAGGCUUGGACGCAACCCUAUCAUCCCUGCUGUGUUCAUAGGAGGUAAGUUUGUUGGUGGUGCCAAUGAAAUUAUUAGCCUUCACCUUCAACGAUCUCUUCAACCGCUUCUCAGAAAUGCAGGAGCUCUAUGGGUGUGA